UUGGGCUGUAGUUUGAUACGACACGCACACACUUAAACGCGUUACCUACUGUAAUCCGAUGUGGUGUUUUACAAGCCGCUAUUUCUAGAUAUUACAAAGGGGUAGACGGGCUGUCAAUAUGCUUUGAUGACUUCUCGUAUUACUUUUCGUGUUCUUUUGGAAACGAAACCGGGCUAACAAUGAGUGUGUAACAAAGAAUCAUAAACCGUGAACAUUACGAUAAAAAUCUACUUUUUGACGAACUACCUAAAACGACCGAGAAAAACACACAAAACUCAAUUUUUUUCAGACGGCUAGUGAGUCAUCGAAACUAAUUCUCCACUUCAAGAAGUGAUUUUGUUUGUUCCUGUUAUUUUUAAUGAGCAUCUGAAAUGCGCCAUGUUUUAAUUGUCGCUUACCCCGGAAAAGACAGCGGACUACUCCUUGACUUGUUCAAAAUGCGAGCAAGACAUCUACAUAUAACCCUUUUAUUGGCGCUGAACAUAAUGCAAGUGCUAUCUGAAGACAUUGUUGGAAUUUCCGGAAAAAAGGUGCUCCUCCCUUGUGUUUUCAGUACACCAAAGCCACUAGAUGUGCAAAAUGUCAGUUUUGUAUGGAAAAGGUUGCCAAAUAUUAACAUGCUUAUUUUCUCAUCUGGGAAAAGCAACAUAGCCCCUGGAUAUGCUGGCCGUAUUUCGUUAAACGAUCAAAUAGCUAAAGGAAAUUUUUCACUGGAGUUGUUAAAUAUCCAAAAAACAGAUGAAGGGAAUUAUAGGUGCUACCCGCCUCAACAUCAACCAGAACAGGAUGUCAAGCUCACUGUUAAAGAACCUGAAGCUCCUCCUGUAGUCACUGAGAAAAGCAAGAGUUCAGGAGAAGAACCUGGAAACACUGCUGUGAAUUUAAUUCCACAGAAAUAUGUUGCAUUCCUCAUUUCUUUAUCAUUUCUACUCCAUCUUGUGGGAUGAGUGUCAGACAUCAGAAGAUAAAGAAGACAACCUAGUUAGCAUUUUCAUAUACUAUAUCAUUUAGUUUAAUGUUUUUUGUUCAUUAAAUCAUAUAAUUUGAAACUUUUACAAUUUCUGUCUGAUUAAAUUAGAUUUGAGGGGAAAAUGUUAUUUUUUUAAUACAAACAAAAUAUGAUUAGCAGUAAAAAAAAACAGAUUCUCUAUCAGGGUGGCACGAUUAAAGCACACACAGCCAUACUUCAAGGAAUAAAAAGCACAAAGUGGCAAAUGCAUUCACAUUCAAGGUAUUACUGCUUUUUAUGCUGUGUAGUCACAAUGGAUGCAAAAACAUCUUCCCAAUGGUCCAGUUGGUGAUUUACUCAGACAAUCACUGUUUAUAAAAGAGUAAGGAUUUAAAAAGAUUAGACGUAUUAGCUUUACUUUACUUUAAUUACAUGCCCACGGCUUGCAGAUGCUUGCUCUGGAAAAUGCAUAUGAUGAAAGGCAACACCAAACUAUGGAAUUUGUGAGACAGGACUUUUGGUGAUCUUCCAGUGAUUAACAAUUCUGUAGGAGCUUGACAUUGAUAUUUUUAGAAAACAGUGAAUUUAUAUCACCUCUACAAAUCCAGAACUGCCUGGCUUAAUAGCUGCUUGUAAUAGUUACUACCUGCAUA